AUGCUGCAUGUCGCGAUUCUUGCUUUUGGAAAGGGUGCGGUCGUUUGCGGUAUCAUGAUCAGUUCAAAGCAACAGUUACAGGAAGCUGUUACCUUCAUUGGUGCUCGCAACCUAGAUAUCCCGGUGGAGAGAGCCUUCGAAUUCUCUUGUGAUCAGGUUGUGGAGGCGCUUAGCUACAUGGCCAGUGGCCAGCAUAUCGACAAGAUCUACCUCUUACCAGCUAAGCAUUUGAAAGCUGCAGUUGAUGCGCUGUCCAAUGCAGCCAUUUCAGCCGAAGGAUUUGGCUACGGACUCGAUGAAGACUACCAGCCGCUGAGAGGACACAUUGCUAGGUGGCUUACUGACGCUUAUGUUCCGGCACAGCCUAUCCAGUCCAGUCGUAUGUGCAUCACCGGCGGUGCUAGUCAGAAUUAA